AUAUUGGCUAUAGUCGUUAAUUUUUUUUUUUCAAGUUUGAGUGAUUUGUCUGCAAUCGUAAAUGUCAUAGCAUUUUUGAGCUCAAUAUUAUACCCAUAUUAUACCAGAAUGGCAGAAAAUAGAGAAGAAAUUUUAGCAAACUUCCAGGGAAUAACAGCAAUAGAAGAUGUUGCAGAGGCGAUACAUCACUUGGACGAGGCAAACUGGGACUUACUUUCAGCCAUCAACAGAGUGAUGCCGCAGGACGGCAGCCGGCCAGCGCGCGGCGACAAUAACGACGUGGACGUCGAGAUGAUCGACGACGACAUAUCUGUGAUAACCCCAAAAACACGUCCACCGGAUCGAGAAGACAGUAGCCAAGCUUCAACCUCAUCGCCUAGAAAUAGUUUCACUAGUUUGGUAGAGCUUAACGUAAACUAUGAGGAUAAAGUACAUCAAAUCAGAAUGUCGGGAUCAGCCACAGUCAAUGACUUAAAGAAGCGGUUAGAAAGGAUCUGUGGAGUCCCAAUAUGCCGGCAACUGCUUUCUGGUCUGGGCGGGUCUCAGGCGACCUCAACUGCUGCAUUAGGAGGGCUCGGUCUGCAGCCUCACACUAUUUUAAAGCUCAAACGGUCAUAUGAACCCACGCCGGAUGAUGAAGUGGCGGAACGUCUGACAAAAACCUACAUCUUGCACGUGACGCACAUAGACGUCGGAAAAGAUUACUCGCUCAAGUAUCCUGGCACGAAAACAGUUCGAGAAGUGAAAAACGACAUAUUCUCACUCACUGACAUACCGGUCAGACAUCAGGUGUGGACGGGAUGGCCGGUGGUGACGGGCCUGGACGACACCGUGCUGGCCAUGGUGGGGCUGGACUGGCCGCAGCAUGAGCUGACCAUCAAACGAGGACCCACCAAGGAAUAUAAGCGGAUAGUAGUGGAGAGUUCGGACAGUGAAAACAGUUCCGUGGAGGAAAUAGAAGACAGCGGCGACGGAUUCACCUGCGAAGACGACAUGUUUGUUGAACUAGGCAACUCGGAGAGACUGCGUCCACUUAUGUCCGAACACGUGGAAGACGAAGUGCUGGGCUGCCUGGAGUUCGCGGAGCGCUUCCGCGCGCGCUACGGGCCCAACACGCCGCACUUCUUCGAGGGAACCCUGCAGGACGCCAUCAAGGAGUCCUGCCUGCAGCCCGCCAGUGAGCGAAAACUGCUAGGCGUGUAUCUGCACCAUGAACAGUCCGUGCUGGCCAACGUGUUCUGCGCUCAAUUACUAGGUUGCGAGACCGUUCUACACACGCUCAACCACAACUUUGUACUAUAUGGCUGGGAUCUAACGGACCCCGAUAACAACAACAUGUUGCUGAACUCUGUAGCCAGCGCGCUGGGCCCCGUGGCCAGCAUGACGAUCCGCAGCAUUCCCGUGGAGAGGUUGCCCGCGCUGGUCAUCAUCAUGCGAGUGCGCUCCAACACCGAGAUCUACUCCGUCAUCAACGGCAACGUAGGCGUCUCAGAGCUAGUGGGCGGCCUAGUAGAAGCGUUGGAGCGAUUCGCAGCCCAACGCGACGAGGACGCACGAUUAGAAAGAGAACGCGAUGCGCGCCAGCGAGUCAAGCUAGAGCAGGACGAGGCAUAUCAAGCCAGUCUUGAGGCUGACAGAGCCAAAGAAGAAAUGAAAAAGCAGCAGGAACUAGAAAGAAAUCAAGAAUUAGAAAGAGCAGAGUCUGAAAGACAAAUGGAAGAAGCGAAAAAGGAGGCGGACCGCGUGAGCGCGCAGGCGCGAGUACCGGCGGAGCCGGCCGAGGGCGGGCCCGACGUCACGCGCAUCAGGGUGCGCCUGCCGCCUCCACACGACACUUACCUCGAGCGCCGCUUCCACGGAGGAAACUCGCUCACGGUAUUAUUUGACUUCCUUGCAUCAAAAGGUUUUCCAAAAGAAAGCUACAAAGUGAUCUCUAGCUGGCCUAGGAGAGACUUAACAAUGGAGCCUCACAGCAGUACACUAAAGACGAUGAAACUGUUCCCGCAGGAGACGCUCAUGCUGGAGGAACGGUGAACACACACACACUACACAAUUAUACAUAUAAAUACAGUACCAAGAGCACACACCCGCGCAACUUUGUACUUCCAGGGGGCAGCACUGCAGCAUAGAGCGGAAAACGUCUUAAAUACAUACUUUCAUAUACAACUUGUUAACUCAUGACCAGCGGCCUCAGCAUGGUCGCCACGUCGUCUGUCACGUUCUAACAAAUAAAUGUGAAAGUGACGCGUGACGCGACAGAUGAUAACAGGCGGCCAUGCUAACGCCGCAGAACUUGCCGUGUAUCCUUGAGAUACACUGUCGUCCACAACUCGACUCUGUUUAGAAAUUUUAAACCUUAUUCUUUGAUCCUAAGUGAGUAACCUUGUCUAUGAGCCAUUUAUUUGUGUGAUGAACAAAGAUAUUUUGUUCCUGAGUCAUGGGUGUUUUCUAUGUAAAUUGACUGAUAAAAUCAGGUUGUGUGGACGCCAACGCCAAUUUGCCUCGCCGAUUUCACUUGGCCCGUUUGUAAUUAUGACCUAUAAAAUGGAUGUGCCGACGCAAGAAUACUAGUAUGCGCGUUGGGGAGCAGAAUUUUUAAUAUAAAACGCUUUUAUGGCGCCAUAAAUCUAAAAUUGGUGAUUAAAUUGUGAUCGACGCUAAUUUCAUUUCUGAUCAAAUCGGUUGAUUUGGUCAUCUCGUCUAGACUGGCCUUUAGAUUAGUUUAGAUGGUGCAUCGCUGGUAACAAACGUGACUAUCAUACUAUUACAAAAUACUUAUAAGUCUCAGGAAACUUCGCCGUUUUCAAGAAUUUUGUUACUUUUUUAAGCAAGUUCUUAGUUAGGUCAUUAUUUAAGGAUCGCUUGCGCGGGCAUUAUAUUUGAAUCUAAAAUGUACAUAAUUUUGCAAAAUCCAAAAUAUAUUAGACAUGACUAUGGUUGGUUAGACAUGUAGUAAAGACAGCUUGCAAUCUGAGGACCUUUAUGAUGCUUAUUGGUAACUAGGAAAAGAAUAACAUGUUCAUCUUGGCCAUGCACACAAUCAAGACGAAAAUAGUAUUUUUUCCUCUUUUAAAUUAGUUGCUGAAACUCCAUUCCUAAACCGAAUGAAUACAUUAAACAACGCUCAACUCCUUCAUAAUAGAUUCAUCUGAAUUCUUGUUAUCUAACAAGAAUUUACUUUUGUAUUAUGUGACAUUCAUCAAACAAUACUUGUCAAAUUAUCAAUCUCUUUGUAAAGUUGAGAAGAGUUCUUUUAAACUAUUUUCAAUACAAAUCAUUUCAACUGUGACUAACUUUAUUACAUACACGAUUAUCAUACAGAUUUUUGAUGCUGACACUACAAUCUAAGGUAGUUAAGUAGGUACUUUAUAAAUGUACCCGGGUGAGAAAAAAGAAGAUUAUUUGGUUAUAACACAAAAUUAUGAUACCAAGGUGAGAUCAGUCGCGGUCAGAAGCUUCUUUUUAAUUGUUUAUAAGGCCGUGAUUAUCAAAUUAGUGUGUCGUCAAAAACAACAUAAUUAGGCGUGUCCACACGGAGCGUGCAUACGCGCACAAAACGGCCAAGGCAUGUCUACACUGGCCGUUUUGUGCGCGAGGAAAUUGCCUCGCGCGUAUGUUCGCUGUGUGGACCCGCCUAUUGGGCAAUAUCAGAUACCCGAAUACCUGCUCGUCACAUAACAGUGUUUGCCUAAAUAUUUUGCCAUGUCUUUAAUAACCCCCUAAAGCCCACCGUACAAAAAAGUGCCAAUUGGCUUUGAAAUCAAUAGUGAAGUGUUUGAAUUUAUUUUGUUUUGAAGUCGAACGAAACAAGAAAUGCAACUCUGUUCCAAUUAAAGAAUGUUUAAAUCACAUUAAGGUAUUUAGUACGGUCACAGACUUUAAUUGCUGAUCAGACUAAGAAAGUGUACGAAAGUAACGCAAUUUUACAAUGCGAAGCUAAACCACGAAUGGUGACACCUAUGCAUGCAAUAGAAUCCCAUGGGUACCUGAAAUUGCUCAACAGUGGCUCUACAACGUGUUUUUUUUAUUUCCGGAAAUUGUUGCGUCAAGGUUGCAUUCCUGAGCUUAAAUUAAGCAACUUUCCCAAAGACACCGGUAUUCUAAUUAGCUCCAUUUCGGAGAUAAUCGAUAUUUUAUUUUUAUCUGAUAAGGCACUUGCCUUAGGGCCUGUUUACAUAUUGAUUAGUAUUAAGUACGAAUUAAUACAAUACAAAUACUCUUUAUUGCACGCCUCAAUACAGAAACAAUACAAAUAAUACAGCAUAGUAAGAAGAGGUAAAAAACAGGCGGCCUAACAAAAAGACACACACAACACAUUUGCUACUAAACGUAAGUACCUACUAUCUCGGACUAUCGAUGUUCGAAAUGACAUUGAUAUGUCACAGUUUUCAAUUGUUUGGUUGUAGUUAAAUGUAAUGCCCGUGUUACAACAACGCUAUAUGCAACAUUUAAUGACUUAAAAAAAACUUUUAUUUUUAAUUAACUAUGCCAUUUUGUUUCCUUCAACGUACUUACCCAUACCCCGAAGUUAACGGAAUUCAAUUAAAACACGGUGUGUACGCUUUUACUGUUUAUGAAUGUUAGAUGAGUGAAGUAAUUAUAACUGAUGUGUAAAUAAAUAGGCGUUGUCAAUAAAGAAUGCGUUUUUGUUUUAACUAUAUUUAAUUUGGGUCCGACCCUGGUAUAACCCAUCAGAAUGUAUUAGUUACUCUAAACAGACCUUUUAAAAUAAAUAAAGGUGGUAUAUGUUAUAAGGAGUGUAUUUUAUUCAGUUAUCUACGAGGGUCAGAUGCAGUUGAACUAUUAAACAGACGGGUAUAACUUUUGGUAAGUCAUUUUUAAUUUUUCGACUACUGGGCAUUAUAACAAGUCAAAGCUAUUUGUUUAAGUCAUAAAUAUUUUAGUUUCCGUACGAUUAUAUAUAGCUAAAGUUUUAUAUUAUACAUCUGUAUAGUUUAAGUUUUAGUCAAAGAAAACCGACUUCAAUUUUAAAUUUACACGAAUGAAAACAAGUUAGCCGGGACAAUACGAUCCCAAGUUAUGAUUUUAGUUAUAUUUAUUAAUUAAAAUAUAGAAUGACCAGCACAUGUCAUACAACUUUUUAAAAGUUGUACCUUUAGCUGAUUCCGUGAUGCCUGUGUAGUGUUGGUAGCAACUCGAGUAUUUUGAGUCUAAAUUGAAGAAAUCAACUUGUUUUUCCGAGACUCAGAGCUUAAAAAACUUCUGAGUCUUUCAAGUCCCGAGUCGAGUCCUUUAUUGAGUCUUUUUUGAGCGCUACUCGGACUCGAGUCUCCGGAUAAAGACUCAGUCAACAAUUUUAUAGGUUUUACCUAAACAACAGUAAAGUAAAUAGCCGUUAUUGUAUGAUUUAUGUUAUACAGUACAUCCAUGAAUUUCACAUAAAGACAACGCAUUUCGAAGUCAUUUGUAAAAAAAAACAAGUUCUCCGGAAAGGACUCAAGUCUCUACAAAAUACUCGAGUCUCUAAUAAGUUGAAAAGAACUAGAGUUCUAUCUGAAAAACUGAGUCUUCUUAAAGCAGAGGACUCGAAGGACUUGAGUCUAAACCAACACUAUGCCUGUGUCGUGUUUGAAUUUGAACAACAUUGCGGCUAAACCAGAGAUGUAAUGAAAAUGUUUUCCACUUGUCUUUGUGAAGUUGACAUAAGGUUUUACUUCAAUAGACCUGUGCUAAAAGUUCCGUGAAAUUGUGGAUUUACAUGUACAAGUAAUUAAAGUGUGCGAGUUAAAGUUUCACGUUUAUUGACGAAGUAACAGCACAGAAUAAAUAAUAGUACUACCGUACAGAAAUGACAUUUCCUACAAAACCGAAGUUUGACAGCGAUUCAGUGACGACUCAUGCUGUCCCUUUCUAAUGUAUAGCACUAUCCCUUUCGGCUAUUCAGGGUUGUCAAAAUUCAAGUCAUUAUCUUAUCUGUGGCCGUGCACGCAUAGGGGCGUCCAGUUGUGCCAACCCUAAUAAUUGCUCGGAGCAAUGCUGAGGCGAACGGGACUGAGAAUGCCCGAAAGGAGGAAUGUCGCCCCACUGGUAAAAGUUCGUUUUUACUUCGUCAAUAAAUGCGCUUGUUGCACAACACUUGGAACCAUACAUAAUACUUGGGAGUUUAAACUCACAACAGGAAAAAAUGCUAAAGGCUACAGACCCUAGGUUGUACAGAGUUUUCAUAACAUUUAAUAAUAAUACGAAAAUGUAUUGCAUUUUUAUAGCAUUGCCAUAAAGUAUCCACUCUAUUGGGAAAGUAAAACAAGUACCAUCAUAAAAUGUGUAGAAGAAAAUUUCAGAAUUUAGUUUGCUGAAACUAAACCAACCUCCUUUUCAAUAUCCGUUUAAAAUUAACAGUGACGCUAUUGGCUCAGGUUCAUUGGUCGAUACGGCUUGCCUGCGAGGUGCGGGAGAUUUCCAUCAAGCAUGCCAUAGGGCCCGCAUUCGGAGAACUGUUUGCAUUGGUCGAUAGAGCCCGUAUGCGGGGUGCGGGAGAUUUCCAAAACGCAUGCCAUUAUUAGUUUCACUAGUCGUUAUACGACCUUACCGCUGGCGGGGAGUCACCCGCAUGCUGUAUAUCGACCGAACUAUCGACUUAUGAGUUUCACUAGUUAUACCGUCUGCGGGGAGUCGAUCCCCGCAUGUUUUAUGCCGAGUUAUCGACCAAUGAAACUGAGCCAUAUGUAUUAGUCGAAACACUUCGCUUUUGUGUUAUUAUAUAUCUUAGAACUUAUUUUUUUACUUCUGCGUUGUUAUUGAUAAGGCGGGUCCACGCAGAGUGAGCAUACGCGCGAGGCAAUUUCCUCGCGCACAAAACGGACAGUGUAGACGUGCCUAGUGACGCCAUCUUGCCGAGCAUAUUGGUUCGGGUGAGGCAAGCGUGCUGAGGCAAAAGUUACACGAGCACGCGGCCUCGCGAGGCCGGGCAUUUGCCGUGCAAGCAAAUUUCCUCGCGAGGCUGCUCGCUCUGUGAGCCGCCCAUUAACCAAAAAAAUAGAAUAUCUAUGACGACCGCUCUAGCCAAGUGGGUAGUGACCCUGCCUGCUGUAAAGCUGAUGGUCCCGGGUUCGAAUCCCAGUAAGUUGGUGUGUGAUGAACACAGAUAUUUUGUUCCUGAAUCAUGGGAGUUUUCUAUGUAUAUAAUAUAAGUAUGUAUUUAUCUAUUUAUGUAUAUAUAGUCGCCUAGUACCCAUUGUACAAGCUUUGCUUAGUUUGGGGCUAGGUCGAUUUGUGUAAGAUUGUCCCAAAAUAUGGGAAUCAAGGAAAACAAAAACGCGCGAAAAAAUACGGCUUUGGAAAUGUCAUCCAUUAUACGCGCAUACCUUUUCUGCAAAUCGGAAAACGCAUGUAAGCAGAGCUUCACUGUUUUUUAUUUAUAUAAAAUUAGCUUAACAUAAUUUAUGAUAACGGAUAGCAAGAUUUUGGAUGUUUCUAUAUAUAUUAGGUUAUGAAGUUAUGUACCCAAAUAAAUAAUGCGAAGGAA